AUGGCAGCAGCGAUAGAGCAGCUUGUAGCCGAAAAGCUAUCCAUCGGGAAUGCGAUCUCACCAGUGGUAUCGUUUGAGCCUUUUGAGCUACCAUCCUCAAAUCAACGUGUGCUAGGGCCACCCCACCCAGCAAACACAGUGAUUCCACUCGCCCUCCAACUGACACAAGACAACACAACCUCCAGUCUGAGUGAGGUAGUAGGGACAAUCAAGAGAGUGCAGCAAGAAGAUGACACAUUUACCAAAAAGCUUGCCCUGCAUGGCACCCUACUCUUCCGCGGACUCCCCAUCCACAACGCAGAAGAUUUCAGCAAAUUUGCUCACGCAUUCGGCUACCGACCUCAUGAAAUCAUCGGAAUAGUCGUCAACAGACCCUUACUUGCGCCUAACAUCGCACCCGCCAACGAGUCACCCAAAGAAGUCCUCAUCUACAACCACAACGAGUCCCCGCAAGUACCACACGCUCCCGAAUACAUAUUUUUCUACUGCCACCAUGCCCCAACAAAAGGUGGCCAAUCGCCCAUGUCAUCAUCGCUGGAGAUCUUCAAUCGCGCGCAGCGCGAAAUCCCCGAGUUUAUCACCGAGCUAGCCGAGAAGGGUAUUCUAAGCCGAGUGGUGUACAAAAACGAAAAACAAUACGAGGGUGGGUCCACGCUUCUUCAGGCAUUUGGUAAAGACAUUGUCGAAGGCGAUGAUGAAGGGACCAGAAGACGGAAAAUUGAGGCUCAGAUUGCGCGGUAUGGACGGGGCAAGCAUACGACGUGGGAGUGGGUGGAUGAUGGACUGGUUCUGACGCAUCGGCUGCCCUGCAUCAGGACUCAGCCUGGAACAAAUCUACCGACUCUUUUUACUGGAUUGGCAGCGUAUUGGAAGAGGUCGCAGCUUGAUCUCGAAGCUCGCAAGAAUGUUACUCAGCAGCUAUAUGGUGAUGGGACUAUUAUCCCGGAGAAGUACUUGGCACAUCUUGUGAAAAUUACCGAUGAAGUGAGGGUCUUGCAUCAGUGGCAAGAUGGUGAUGUGCUUGUUUUUGAUAAUAUUAUUGCGCAGCAUGGACGAGAGCCUUGGGAAGGUGAGCAGGCUGAUCGAGUGGUUUUGGCAAGCUUGUUCGAUGGCCCCAGUGUCCCCGGAGCAUAUGGUUACGGAGACUGGGCUCAAUUAAGUCAAGCUUUGGAUUGA